AUGAGGUCUCUUCUGACUCUCACAUUGGCCACGGCUAGUUCAGCUUUCGUCCUCCCAGAGUCGCUCAAUAUUUUUAAUGAUUUCAAAGACGAUCUCAAGGAAACUCUAGAGGACAUUCCAAAGCGUCUCCGCAAGUCUCUUGAUGAAGCGACCGAUCAGCUCUCCACUGAGAUCUCUUCCGCCAUUCACAGCAAGCUUCAAGAUGAAGAUGCUUUCUUCCACGACUUCGUCGACAACGAUGUCACCAGCAGCGACGAGCCCCUGUCUGUCUUUGGUAGAACAGGUGGCGACUUCACAGACCACACCACAUAUGAACUCAUCGCUAAGAGUAACCACACAAAGAAGUUCUUCAAGCUCGUUCAGGAGCACGAAAGCUUUGGAAAGCUUCUGAAUAGCACUGAUAAGAACUAUACUCUCUUCGUACCCACCGAUGAGGCCUUUGAGCAUAUCCCUGAUGACCACAAGCACAAGCCUAGCGAUGAGUUUGUCGAGGAUGUUCUCAACUACCAUCUCGGCAUUGGCGAGUAUCCCGCGUCAAGAAUCCUCUUCACCCACACUGUUCCCACCACUCUCAAGGAGAAGCUUCUAGGCGACCAGCCUCAGCGACUUCGAACUAGUGUUGGACUUUCUGGUGUGCGUGUCAACCUUUACAGCAAGGUCAUUGCCGUUAACUUUAAAACCAAGAACGGCAUCAUCCACGCUGUCAACAGAAUUCUCGUCCCUCCUCCCUACAUCGGCAAAGAAAUCAGCCUUUUCCCCGCCCAAUUCUCAACACUCCUCCUUGCCUACGACAAGACCGACUUUGUCAAGUACAUUCACGAUGUCCCCAUGAUUGGCAGCACCGUCUUCGCCCCAUCAAACGAAGCCUGGGCACGUCUCGGCCCACGCGCCAACGCUUUCCUGUUCAACACCGAGACAGGCAAGAAGUAUCUUCGUGCGCUUCUCAAGUACCAGAUCGUGCCCAACAUCACACUCUACAGCGAUGAGAUCUACUACGGUGAUGAGAAGCAGACCCUCAAGAAGACGGAUCUCGGUCACGGAGGUGACUUCCACAUUGAGCUGCCUACGCUACUUGAGAGGGGCGUUGGUGUUGAUGUGCACACUUUCAAGAGUUGGACUACCAUUGUGCUGAACGGACACGUCGUUGUUGGUUUCAACGACGCUGUUGGUAAGAAUGGUGUUAUCCACGUUCCCAGGACCAUUCCUAUCCCUCCUCACAGAAGGGACGAGCAUCCUUCUGAGAUCGACGGUGAGAUCAGUGUCGAGGAGCUCAAGGAGAGACUGCAGGAUUAUGUGGAGGGCGAUGAUACUGAGUCUGACUGGCAGGGUGGUGAGCUGUGA